CCGACGUCACAUUUUCGUCGGUGUCCUACGUGCUGAGUGGAUAUACACAGCCAUUUGAACUCGCCUGGCCUGUGCGCGGUUUUAUAAGUACAGGCUAACAAUAAUACCCUCAGGAGGCUUUUGAAAGCUUCUUUUUCAGGUAGCUAAGGCAUUACAGUGUAUAAAUAAAUCGAAACUCACUUCCCUACCGCCAUGCGGCGAAGUAAGGCCGACGUGGAUCGUUACAUUUCUUCGGUGCAGAGUGCUUCUCCUUCCCUUAAAGAGAAGCCGAUUAAAGGAUUCUUAUUUGCGAAGUUGUAUUUCGAAGCAAAAGAAUAUGAACUUGCUAAAAGAUACGUGUCGGCCUACCUAACAGUCCACGAAAGAGACCCAAAAGCACACAAAUUUCUGGGCCAGCUGUAUGAGAGAGAGGGAGACAUUGAUAAAGCAGUGGGAUGCUACAAGCGCUCUGUGAACUUGAACCCCGCCCAGAACGACCUGGUCCUGAAGGUAGCUGAGCUUCUGUGCAGCAAGCCGGAGCUCGACAACAGCGCGCAGUUCUGGGUGGAGAAGGCAGCCAAGCUUCUUCCAGGAAGCCCUGCAGUCUACAACCUGAAGGAGAAGCUGCUGAGCUCACAGGGCCAGCAGGGCUGGAACCAGCUGUUUGACCUGCUGCAGUCAGAGCUGCAGCUGCGCCCGGGCAACGCCCACAUCAACGUCAAACUGGUGCACCUGUAUUGCUCCGAUGGGCGGCUGGAGGAGGCCGUCGGCCACUGCCUGGCCGUGGAGAAGAAGGGGGCCCUGCGGGGCAGCCUGGACUGGUACUCCACCCUCGUGCGCACGCUCCAGGAGUACCUGGCCCAGCCCAGCACGCUGUCCAAUGAGAAGGUGUGGCGGAAGCUGCAGAAGGAGCUGCUGCUAGCCCACUGCAGCCUGCUGAGGCUCAGCCUGUCUGAGCAGAGUGUGCAGCAGUGUGUGGAGGCCCUGCAGAGCUUUGACUACGUCAUGCAGACGACCGCGAAGCUCACCACCAGCACGACGGACGAGCUGUCGGAGGCCUUCACGGAGAUGAGGGGUCACCUUUACCUGCACGCAGGGUCGCUGCUGCUCAAGAUGGCCCAUGUCAAGGAGCAGCAGUGGAGGGCUGUGACUGACCUCGCAGCCCUCUGUUACCUCUUAGCCUAUCAGGUACCCAAACCAAAGAGCAGGCCCUCGAAGGGGGCGCAGGCCACGCAGCAGCUGGUGGAGUCCCUGGCCUGUGAUCGGCAGAGCCAGGCAGGCCACAUGCUGCUGAACCUGAGCCAGGAGGACGACGGCUUCGUGAAGCAGGUGGUGGAGGCGUUUGGGAACCGCAGCGGGCAGGGCAGCCUGUUCGAGAUGCUCUUCGGGGCCCAGGCCCCCGCUGGCCCCUCCUUCAUCGGCAACGACGACAUCCGCAGCAUGGGCACGGACAUUCCGGGCAUCGGCGAUCUCGCCAAGUGGGACAGCGGGGCGGUUGUGCUAUACGGAGGUGACCUGCAGCAGCUGGCCUGGUUGGGCCUGCAGUGGGCGCUCAUGGGCCAGACACCUGCCCUCAGGGCCUGGCUGAAGCAGCUGUUCCCCCGGCUCACGCUGGAGACCUCCAAACUGGACACCAACACCCCCGAAUCCAUCAGCCUGCUCGACCUGGAGGUCUUCCUCAGCGGGGUUGUGUUCUGCAGUCAGGCCCAGCUGCAGGAGACGCAGAAGAUCACAGCCAGCUCCCAGCUGCACGAGGUCCGGUGCCUGCCCCUGCAGGUCAUCAAGCUGCUGUCCAAUGAGAGACAGAGGGACUGGUGGAACGCCGUCUACAGCCUCAUCCAUAACAAGUCUCCGCCGGGCAUGUCGGCUAAGUUGAGGAUCACGGUCCAGCAUGGUCUUGGCACCCUGAGGGCUGGGGAAAAGCAUGGCCUGCAGCCAGCGCUAGCCAUACACUGGGCCCAACACCUCAGCGAAACGGGUAACGGAGUCAACUCUUAUUACGACCAGAAAGAAUACAUCGGGCGCAGUGUGCACUACUGGAAGGUUGUGUUGACACUCCUGGAAAAGAUUAAGAAACGGCGGAGCAUUCCGGAACCUCUUGAUCCCUUGUUCAUGCACUUUCGUAGUAAAGACAUUCAGAUAUCUGAAGUGAAGAGCUAUGAAGAGGAAGCAGAGAUCGCUUUUGCCAUACUCCUGGAUAUUGAAGGCAGAACAGAGGAGGCGAUUGCAGCGCUAGAAAACAUAAACAGCAUUUCCUCCUGUUGGCAUCUUGCGCAGAUAUUUCAGAGGCUUUCUGAAGAAGCAGGGAACGGUGUUGAAGAGAAUCAAGACCGGUGCAUCACAUUCCUACGAAAGUUCAGAAAGUACCUGUCAAAAAUUCACAACGCCAAUGCUGCUGAGAUUGAUAAGUUACCUAUAUCCAUGGAGGAGGUGAUGGAUAUGCUGAAUGAUGUCAACCAGCAACUUGCUGCAUGUGGAGAGGACAUGGAUGAGGAAGAGGAUGGUCAACCUACAAGCCCCAGUCAGCUCGCAGAGCCUGGUGCCUCUGCUUCUCGCAUCAAAUUCUCCACCCCAUCUCCAACCAAGAGUGUGCUGUCUCCUUCAAAAAGACACAUUUUUUCUCCCAAGACCCCUCCUCAUUGGGCUGAGGACCAAAAGUCUAUUCUAAAAAUGCUGUGUCAACAAGUGGAGGCCCUCACGAACGAGGUGCAUGACCUGAGGCACAACUCCUCUGGGGCCACAGCCUCCCCCCACCACCGGAUGUACGGAGAGGGGUUCGCAGCUGAGGGCCUCCAGGAGCCGUUUCCAGCUGCCCAGAGCUUCCAUGGAGCGCCCCUCACAGUGGCUACUACAGGACCAUCGGGACCUGUGUAUUACAACCCCUCACCUGCCUACAACUCGUCAACUCAGUAUCUUCUUCGCACAACUGCAAAUGUCACUCCAACAAAGACCCCAGUUUAUGGGAUCAACCGUCUCCCUCCACAGCCGCAUGUGUAUGCCUACCAGCAGCCUACGCACACACCGCCCCUGCAGACAAACCCAGGAUGCAUGUACCCCCAAGACCAGGUUUAUGGCGCUCCCCUGCGCUUUGAGUCGCCUGCAACUGGCCUGAUCUCUCCAUACAGUGAGGAAUACUACAGCCACAGUGUUCCUCAACCCUCUACCAACCCCACUCUGCCAGAGCCAGGCUAUUUCACCAAACCCACUGCUGUCCCUGUGCAACCACCGAAGAGCAAUGAGGCUAAGCCUGUAGAGUUUGGGAAAAUCAGCUUUGGCCAGCAGAUUCCUGUUGAGUCCCCUAAUGUACCCAGCUUCGGAGCCGGCGUUCUUGGCCAGUCCACACCGGCUGCUGCCUUCAAGUUCAACUCGAAUUUCAAAUCUAACGAUGGGGAUUUCACCUUCCCCUCCAUGCAGGUUAAAAACAGUGAGAGCCUGCUGGGGCUUCUGACGUCUGACUUACCAACCAGAAAUGAAGCACAAAUUGGGCAGAAGGUGCCCACUCAAGACCAGGCUCCUGCUUCCCAGGGUGGAGUCUUUAACUUUGGAACUAAAAACACAGCUGGUUUCUCCUUUGUUGAUGCUGCACAGAGCCAGAGCAAACCGGGCUUGUUUGGGAAAACAGACCAGUCGUUCAGUUUCUCGGACAGGGCCAAAGCUGUGUUUGGCGUGGCGAACUGCGAGGAGCAGGAGGAGAAAGGUGAAAGCGACAAUGAGAGCACUCGUGUUGAGGAGGACGAAGAUGGCCCCCAUUUUGAGCCCAUUGUGCCUCUCCCUGAUAAAGUGGAUGUUAUAACUGGAGAAGAGGAAGAGGAGGAGAUGUUCUGCAACAGGGCUAAGCUCUUCCGCUUUGAAACCGAAACCAAAGAGUGGAAGGAGAGGGGUAUUGGUAGCAUCAAAAUCCUCAGGCACAGAACAUCGGGCAAGGUCCGACUGUUGAUGAGGAGGGAACAGGUUCUGAAAAUCUGUGCCAAUCACUACAUCACUGCAGAUAUGGUUCUGAAACCAAAUGCUGGCUCGGAUAAGUCUUGGGUGUGGUAUGCUAUUGACUAUGCAGAUGAAAUGCCCAAACCUGAGCAGCUGGCUAUCCGUUUUAAAACGGCAGAUGAGGCAGCCCUGUUCAAAGCGAAGUUUGAAGAGGCACAGAAGGCAGUACCGAAGUCUCCACAGAAGCAAGAACAACCAGUAGAAAAAGCGGUUCCUCCAAAAGCCUCAUCUCCUCAGGCAGCAAGCAAAGAAUUAGACUUUGGAGCCGUAUUUGCUAAGAAGGAAGGUGAAUGGGACUGCAGUGUGUGCUGUAUAAGAAACACGCCCACAGCUGUGCAGUGCGUUGCUUGUCAGAACCCCAACCCUGCUGCUGAAUCUCAACCAGAUGGAAGAUUUGCAGCUACGAUGCCUGCAGCUACGGUGCCUGCAGCAGGGACUUUCACAUUCGGGUUUGGUAAAGAAAUAUCAAAAGACACCAGCUCUGCUUCCAACACACAGCCUUUUGGAUCAUUUGCUCAAAUACCGACUACUUUUAAGUUUGGCACUAGUGAUGCUUCUUCAAAACCUAUAGGCUUUGGCACUCAGUUUGAGAAGAAGCCUGGCCAAUGGGACUGCGAUACUUGUGCUGUAAGAAAUGAGGCAUCCGCAAGUCAUUGUGUCUCAUGUCAGACUCCUAACCCAUCAAGUAAAUCAAUAGUUGAUCCAGCAGUAAAUAAACCCUCCACAGUUUCAUUUGGUGCUGGGUUUGGUAGUCAGUUUGCCAAAAAGGAAGGGCAAUGGGACUGCGAUACCUGUUUAGUUAGAAAUGAUGCUUCAGCUGCAAAAUGUGUUUCUUGCCAGAGUCCUAGGAAAAUCCAGAUGCCCUCUCAGGGUGAGUUGGCGGCUAUGUUUGGAAAGAAAGAGGGGCAGUGGGAUUGUGAUACCUGUCUGGUUAGAAAUGAUGGAUCCUCAAGUGCUUGUCUCUCCUGCCAGACACCAAAUCCUAAUACAAAAGUUGCAAAUACAAGUACAAAAAAUGCAGCACCAUCAUCAAGCUCUGCCUUCAGUUUCAGUUUUGGGAGCCAGAAUGCAUCAAAUGCACCUGCAGCCACAGGGUUUAAAGCUAAUUUUAACGCUGGCACCACAUUCAAAUUUGGCCAGGGUGAAGAUAAGAGCUCCCCAGCAUCGUUCAAGUUUGAGCUCCCUCCGUCUCAGGUGGAGAGCAAGCCUUCCACUAGUGGAGGUUUCUCUUUCUCAAUGCCGAUGCCUACAGGCGCAUUUAAGUUUGGCACUCAGGAACCUGUGAAGCUAACCGCUCCGGCUGAGAGUCAACCUGAUGAAGGUUCGGCCUCCCUAUUCCUGAAAAACAUUGCAGAGCAGCACCGAGAAAAAGAGAAAAAUGCAGCCGAGGAUGCAGGUCCAUCAGUGGAGAUUACUGAGCAAGAUGAAAACCCUCUCUUUUCUGGCAAACCCAACACUUUUAGCUUUGCAGACCUGGCUAACUCUUCCCAGGGUGACUUCCAGUUUGGACAGAAUGAUCCAAACUUUGAAGGCUUCUCACGAGCUGGUGAGCAGCUCUUUGCCUCGCUCCAGCCUAGCAAAAAACUUGACACCUCUCAAGACCAGGACGAUGAAGAUAUGUACAAAACGGAGGAGAAUGAUGACAUCCAGUUUGAACCAGUGGUUCCGAUGCCUGACAAGGUUGACCUUGUGACAGGGGAGGAGGAUGAGGAGGCUAUGUAUUCACAACGAGUCAAGCUCUUCAGAUUUGAUGCAGACACUAGUCAGUGGAAGGAAAGAGGUGUUGGAAAUCUCAAGUUUCUGAAGAACAGCAAAAAUGGAAAGCUGAGAGUGCUGAUGAGGAGAGAACAGGUUUUGAAGGUGUGCGCUAACCACUUGAUCACGACAACUAUGAAUCUGAAGCCCCUCUCUGGAUCAGAUAGAGCUUGGAUGUGGCUUGCUAAUGAUUUCUCAGAUGGUGAUGCCAAGUUGGAACAGCUUGCUGCUAAGUUUAAAACGCAAGAAUUAGCCGAAGAAUUCAAACAGAAAUUUGAGGAAUGUCAGAGGCUCCUCUUGGAUAUACCUUUGCAAACCCCUCAUAAGCUGGUUGACACUGGAAGAACAGCACAUCUCAUUCAGAAAGCAGAGGAGAUGAAGUCUGGCUUAAAGGACCUUAAAUCCUUCUUGACUGACGACAAAGCAAAGGUUAAGGAGCAGGACAGCCAAGCCAGUGGCACAACUGCUAACAGUACUUCUGGCUUGAUGAUUAAGCCCCACUCUGAGAGCGCUGGUAUUACCCUUGAGUGGGACAACUAUGACUUGCAAGAGGAUGCCUUGGAUGACACGGCAGAUACUUCUGUGUAUGCUUCCCCAUUAGCUAGUAGUCCAGAAGUUAGAAAGAAUUUGUUUCGAUUUGGAGAAUCCACCACUGGCUUCAACUUCAGCUUCAAACCUAUCAUGAGCCCCUCUAAAUCUCCUGCCAAACUUAACCAAAGCAGAGUUUCUGUUGGCACAGAUGACGAAUCGAAAACAACCCAGGAAGAAGAAAGGAAUGGUCGGUAUUUUGAGCCCGUUGUGCCCUUGCCUGACUUAGUGGAAAUAUCAACUGGUGAGGAAAAUGAGCAAGUAGUGUUCAGUCAUAGAGCCAAGCUGUACCGUUACGAUAAAGAAUUGAGUCAGUGGAAGGAGAGGGGCAUUGGUGACAUCAAGAUCCUGCAAAACUAUGACACCAAACAAGUGCGGCUUGUCAUGCGGCGGGACCAGGUGCUCAAGCUUUGUGCUAACCACUGGAUCACCUCCAGCAUGAAGCUGGAACCCAUGAAAGGGGCAGAGAAAGCUUGGAUCUGGAGUGCCUUCGACUUCACGGAAGGUGAAGGGAAAGUUGAGCAGCUUGCAGUCCGCUUUAAGCUGCAGGAGGUGGCUAACACCUUCAGAGAAGUCUUUGAGGCGGCUAAGAGUGCGCAGGACUUGCAAGAGGAUGCCUUGGAUGACACGGCAGAUACUUCUGUGUAUGCUUCCCCAUUAGCUAGUAGUCCAGAAGUUAGAAAGAAUUUGUUUCGAUUUGGAGAAUCCACCACUGGCUUCAACUUCAGCUUCCAACCUAUCAUCAGCCCCUCUAAAUCUCCUGCAAAACUUAACCAAAGCAGAGUUUCUGUUGGAACAGAUGACGAAUCGGAAACAACCCAGGAAGAAGAAAGGGAUGGUCAGUAUUUUGAGCCCGUUGUGCCCUUGCCUGACUUAGUGGAAAUAUCAACUGGUGAGGAAAAUGAGCAAGUAGUGUUCAGUCAUAGAGCCAAGCUGUACCGUUACGAUAAAGAAUUGAGUCAGUGGAAGGAGAGGGGCAUUGGUGACAUCAAGAUCCUGCAAAACUAUGACACCAAACGAGUGCGGCUUGUCAUGCGGCGGGACCAGGUGCUCAAGCUUUGUGCUAACCACUGGAUCGCCUCCAGCAUGAAGCUGGAACCCAUGAAAGGGGCAGAGAAAGCUUGGAUCUGGAGUGCCUUCGACUUCACGGAAGGUGAAGGGAAAGUUGAGCAGCUUGCAGUCCGCUUUAAGCAGCAGGAGGUGGCUAACACCUUCAGAGAAGUCUUUGAGGCGGCUAAGAGUGCGCAGGAAACUAAGACUGAGCUUACGCCUGUAUCACCCAGAGAGUGUACUCCGCUCAAGAUGACCUGUGGUCAGGCUGCAGUAGCUGUGUUGGAGGAGACCACCAAAGAGCGAACGGAUCUUCCUCCUCAGAGUUGCCAUGCCACGGAUAGUUCAACCUCCCCGGCUGCAGCACACAGUCCACAGAACCCCUCAAAAGCCAUUGUCUCUCCACCGAAGUUUGUCUUUGGCACUGAUUCUCUCCAGAAAAUCUUUGGAAGCCCUCCAUCUUCCCAUGAGUUGAUGCCCAGCAGCAAGACGAGCUCUAAAGAGAAAGCACCAAGUGUCCCUUCUGCAGGCUCCAAAUCUCCAGAGAGUGCUUCUGCCAGUCAGCCCUCCAUUGUAACUCCGACUCCAGCAAUGCCCACAUUCAAAGUCCCGACUAGAGGAUUGGAUUUUAGGCUUUUCAAAGAUAACCCAAUGGCUUUUUGGACCUGCACAUCAUCCACCCAAUUUGAACCCCAAGCUGCCUCUGAGGUAGUGGGAGAAAAGGCGGAUGAUACGGCGAAGCUGGAAGGGGCUGCUGAGCAGGUGGACUCUGAGGAUCUGCAGGUGGUGUUCGUGCGGGAGCCCACUGCAGAACAAGAACAGCUGGCCCGUGAACUCCAGCUGCCUCCUACCUUCUUCUGUUACCAGAACGAGCCCGGCUACUUCAGCGAUGACUCUCAGGAUGAUGAAGACUUUGAGACAGCAGUGAGAAAGCUAAAUGGGAAGCUGUAUCCUGAUCCUCCUGAGGAGGAGACCGGUGGGCUGGAGACCGUAACCCAGGAGACGGGCUCUCCAGAGACUGUAACCCAGGAGACUGGCGCCCCAGAGACAGUGUCCCAGGAGACAGUGACCCCGGAGCCUGGCGCCCCAGAGACAGUCACCCAGGAGACAGUGACCCCGGAGCCUGGCGCCCCAGGGACAGUGACCCCGGAGCCUGGUGCCGUGGAGACAGUCACCCAGGAGACAGUGACCCCAGAGCCUGGCGCCCCAGAGACAGUCACCCAGGAGACAGUGACCCCGGAGCCUGGCGCCCCAGGGACAGUGACCCCAGAGCCUGGUGCCGUGGAGACAGUCACCCAGGAGACAGUGACCCCAGAGCCUGGCGCCCCAGAGACAGUCACCCAGGAGACAGUGACCCCGGAGCCUGGCGCCCCAGGGACAGUGACCCCAGAGCCUGGUGCCGUGGAGACAGUCACCCAGGAGAUAGUGACCCUGGAGACAGUGACCCUAGAGCCUGGCGCCCUGGAGACAGUGACCCUGGAAACUGACGCCCCGGAGACAGUGACCCAGGUGACUGGUGCCAUGGAGACAGUGACCCAGGAGACUGGCGCCCCAGAGACAGUGACCCAAGAGGCUGAAGGACAUGAGGCUUCACCUGCGGCCCCCCCUGCGGGAGAGAGGGAUGCCGAGUGCGUGCUGGUGUGGGAGAAGAAGCCCACGCCCGAGGAGGCGGAGCGAGCCGAGCGCCUUCAGCUGCCCCCCACCUUCUUCUGCGGGGCGGGGAGCGACGAGGGCGAGAGGGACGAGCCCAGAGACUUUGAAACGGAGAAGAGAAAAGUGCGGGAAGACAUGAAGAUGAGAACUGAAAAGAGCGAGGUAGCAGACCCCAUCGUCUCUAGCAGUAGCGACGCCCCGGCGGCAGAGGAACAGGUCACGCCCCACCCCGAUUCUUCCAGCGAAGCCACCCCCGUCACCACGUCUGUUGCCCAGGACAGCGCCCCAAUUGACCUGUCCACGAAAAAGGGCCCUGAGCCAGAGCCCGACUCUACUAGCCAAGACCCUCCCGCUUCAUUUGGUUUCACUGGUUUUAGCGAAGUCAAGGAAUUCUCGUUCGCAGAUCUGGCUAAGAGCGGCAACGACUUUGCUUUUGGGAAGCAAGAUGCCAACUUCUCCUGGGCAAAUGCAGGGGCCACAGUGUUUGGUGCUGCUCCGGUGACCCAAAAUGAAGGUGAUGAAGAGGGCAGCGAUGAGGAAGAGGCUGUGGGCUGCACUGCCAUUCACUUUGAGCCUAUCGUCUCACUGCCAGGGGUGGAGACCAAGUCUGGAGAGGAGGAUGAGGAGAUCCUGUUUAAAGAGCGGACCAGGCUGUACCGGUGGGACCGCACCUUGAACCAAUGGAAAGAGCGCGGGGUGGGGGACAUCAAGAUCCUCUAUCACCCCCAAAAGAGGUUCUACCGCGUGCUGAUGAGGCGCGACCAGGUGUUCAAGGUCUGUGCCAACCACACCAUCACCCAGGGGAUGGAGCUCAUGCCCAUGAACACCUCCAACAAUGCUCUGGUGUGGACCGCCACAGACUACGCAGAGGGGAGCGCGCAGGUCGAGCAGCUGGCUGCGAAGUUCAAGACGGAGGAACUGGCGGGAUGCUUCAGGAGGAAGUUUGAGGAGUGCCUGAGCCGCAUGGCCCAGUCUGACUUCAGCCAGCUGUCUCGGGUCCUGGAGCAUUCCCGGGAGGGGAACCCCAUCGUGUUCUUCUGCGUCGCUGCCGACGGGGAGCCGCUGGGGAAGAUCACCAUGGAACUCUUCUCCCACAUCGUGCCCAAGACUGCCGAGAACUUCCGGUCCCUGUGCACCGGGGAACGAGGACUCUGCUUCCGCAGCUCCAUCUUCCACCGCAUCAUCCCAGACUUCAUGUGUCAGGGUGGAGACAUCACCAAGCAGGACGGGUCUGGAGGAAUAUCCAUCUUUGGGGACAAAUUUGAGGAUGAGAACUUUGAUGUGAAGCACACCGGCCCGGGCUUGCUGUCCAUGGCAAACCGCGGCCGCGACACCAACAACUCCCAGUUCUUCAUCACCAUGAAGAAAGCAGAGCACCUAGAUUUCAAGCACGUCGCCUUUGGCUUUGUCAAAGACGGCAUGGACGUUGUGAAACUGAUGGGAGAGCUCGGCACAAAGAACGGCCAGCCGAGUAAGAAGAUAGUCGUUACUGAUUGUGGACAGCUGCAGUAGUCUCUUCAAAUAAAUGUUGCACUUGAUACUUAAUUCAAAACCUGUAAAUUUCUUAAGAUGUCUUUGUGUGUAAUAUGUACAUGGUUUACUUUUUUAUGUUUUAUAUGUAGCUUAUUUCCAUGUGUUGAAAUAAAGCUGAAACCAAAUACUUUGUAAA